AUGUUCUUCUCCAAUAAGGCACUCAGCAUCUUCUCUCUGGCCGCUGCUGUCAGCGCGCUCAGCGUGUCCUACGACCAAGGCUACGACGAUGCCAGUCGUCUCAUGACAGCUGUGGCCUGCUCCGAUGGUCCCAACGGCCUGAUCACCAAGUACGGCUGGGAAACCCAGGGCGCCAUCCCCAAAUUCCCAAACAUUGGCGGCUGGGAGGGUAUUGAGGGUUGGGGCUCAACAAAUUGUGGAACCUGCUUGCAGCUCACUUACAACGGCAAGAGCAUCAACGUCCUGGCGAUCGAUCAUGCCGCAGCCGGCGCUAAUAUUGCCCUCGAGGCAAUGAACGUCUUGACCAACAACCAGGCUGAGUUCUUGGGCCGUGUGGAGGCUGAUGUGGUUCAAUUGGAUAUCAGCGCCUGCUUGUAA